CUCUAAUUUCCGUGCGGUUUGUUUGCAGAUAUUUUUUUAUCUAAUAGACCAGAAAGUGAGUGUAUUUUACUAGAUUAAGUAAUCUAAGUGUUAACUUAAAGAAAAUGUUCAAUUGAAAAAAAUAUUUCUGAGGAGUCGAGAGAGCAAAUUGAAGUCGUCAUACGCAAGUCUGCUCUGAUUCAAGAUGGCCGUCACAAGCAACUCGAAGGAGGGAACAGCGCUCGGGUUUUCUCUGCAUCUUCGAGCCGAAGAGGCGAUAGCUAAGUUCGAGAAAGAAAUCAAGGAUGACUUUAACUACCUACAUGAGAUAUUAUCUGAAGCAAAACAACAUUUUGGCCGGUAAGACUUUAAAUAGCCACUAAGAGCUUAAUCUGAAGCUUGACUUAUUUUCGUGAACUACAUAUAAUAAUAUAAUCGAUAUCAUUGUUGUUUGGAAUUAGUUACUUUUUCCAGCUGAGAUGAAUCUACUGGCUGUAUGGGUAUUCCUAUUUAAGGUCUUAUAUUAUGUACAAGUUUGAGAGCCAUGUCUUAAGUAAGUAAGUAAGUAAUUUUAUUUAACCACAUAUCGCAUAUGAGCGAUAGCUCGUUUAAAUGCAAAUGUGAGUUUAGGAACAUCACAAGGCUUGCUUUGUGAAUAAGCAUGCUUAGCUUUGUUUCUGCGAGGUUUUUAGCAUGCAGCUAGUUUAUAAAUCUGGGUAGAGCGAGAGGGAAAGGUGUGCCUAAUUAAAAUUACCGUGAUUAAGUACAGAAUGCCAUACAUCGCUACUUUUUUCACAUUAUAACUCUCAAACUUGAAGUAAAUUACAUGUACCGGUGUUAGUACUGUGUCAACAUAGCCAUAUAAUAUAUAUAUAUACCCAGUUGUUCUUGUAGUUGUCAGACAUUUUGUGUUUUCCUUAGGCGUGACAGCAACAUUCUUCUUCCCAAAACACCCUCAAUGAAAAGAAAACGUCAGGAGAGUGAUGAAGAACAAAGUAGCGAUGACAGUUUGUUCAAAGUGACAAGAGAAAUGAAGGCCCCUAAAACACAAGGUUAUGCGUCACCACUGACAGUAAUAGAUGAGGAUGAGCCUCUGGAUUGUAGCAGUGUUACAGGAGAAGAUACCAAACAAGUUAGUGACAAGGGACAAACACGAGCUACAAGGGCAGGGACUCAGGCUAAACGACAGCAGCCAAAGCGUGGAUCACGGAAAAAGAUGCCAGUGGUAAAUGAGGAACAGACAGAUUCAUCCUCGAUGGAUGAAAAGCCAAGAAGAAUCACUCGAAAUGCAAGGAAGAAAAUAGAAGAAAAUGAAGCUUUAUCCUCCAAUGAAGAGAAUAAGAUACCCAAACGAUCCACGAGAAAUACCAGGAAAAAACUCAAGGAUGCUGCAGAGAUUCCAUCUAUAGAAGAACAACCACCGCAACCUGUGAUGGAGGACAGCACUUCAAGUGCAACUAAAAAUUUAAAGGAAUCUGGAGAAGUUAUGCCUGAAGUUAUUUUGAAACAGGAACCUGUGUCACCUGUCAAAGAAACACAGCCACUAAGAAGAAGUACAAGAAACUCAAAUUCAGGCCAAGAAGGUGCAAAAGAACUUACUGUCCCAGUACCUGAGACUCCAGAUCUACCUGCUGAUGCAGGAAAAUCUCCUCCUGCAUCAGCCAAGACCUGCAAAGCAACUCUCCAUUUAGUGCUACAAUCACCAGGAUUUAAUUUUGGAAAUGCAGCAAACCCUGUAGUCACUUCAAGUCCUUGUGUUGAGCAAGCUCAUCAUACUGGUGAUGUUACAGUUGAUGAUAUCCUGCAAUCUGAAACGAAAGAUACAACAGACGGUAAUGAUGUUGUGACUGAGUCUUCACUGUUCCCUAAUACACCCCAGCAGUCAAUAGACAUUUGCAAAAAUGAAAUACUCAAGUCUGAAAAUAAGAGAGACCCUGGUUUUACUGGGAAGAAAAAUCAUAUUGAGAGUGUAAUCGACCAUGAACAAAACUUGGAUGCAACAGAGAAGAUUGUCACUGAAACAAGACAAAAAGAUGAUGUCAACAAGACAUACGAAACUGGAAUGAAGUCUGGAAGAAGAAGUACACAAAGAAACAGUGGAUGGCGGCGGAAGAGCAAGCGCUCCAGUCUCUGUAUGUCUCCAGGAGACAGACAGCAAGCAGUCAAGAAGAGCAAGGCAAAAGCACCAGGAAAGAGGAGUCUUGUCAAAAGCUCUGUUAAGCUUAAGCUGACACAAUCAAAGCUUAUGCCAGAGUUGAAUUUGAAUGGUUCUGUUCAAAGCAGUGCUGAAGGACCAUCAGAGCCUGCUCUGGAAGGUGUUAGAGUGAGGCUGUUUGAUAAUUUGACGAGUGAGAGUAGUACCUCCAGUGGAAGUUCAGCUGGAUCUCCUAGUAGUUGUAGUAGUGCUGAGGACAAGGCUGAUGCUCCGAUGGAAAAGCUGGUGGAAGAACCUGACGAUGGUGAUGUUGCAGAAGUGUUUCAUGACUGUAGAGCAACUGAGAUUCAUGAUGAUGAUGAAGCUAAGAGUGAACAGAAUGCAAAGAAUGACAGGUACGCACUUUAGCUUAGUCAUGUCUGGUACAUGUAGCUUAGUCGUGUCUGGUAUAUGCUAGUGAAUUCUGUUCUUAACUUGCCUGAUGGGCAAGUGCUGGCUUUUGGGGAAAUUCAAAUUACAUACUAGGUACUUUAAGACAAAUUAAAAAUUCACAUCGACUGAAAGCCAUUUUUUAAACUGAUCUAACAAGUUUAAUCUGCAAAAACAAGUAUCACAUUACAUUUUAUGUAAGACUAGAUGUUGUGUGGCCCACGUAAUCUUCAGGUAAAAACUAUUUAAAAAAGGACACUUUAGGAGAGUGUUACAUAAUGGAGAGGAAGGGACUAGAACGAUAGAGAACAAAAAUGUACUUGUGAAGAGACUUAGAAAUUUCACAUUAAUAAGUUAGUAAGAGGAAAAGCUAAGGUAGCGUCAGGGGAUGGAAUCUAUUGCUGACCUGACCCACAAACAGCGAGAACUACAUGCAAGUUGGGUUUAAUUUUUCAUAUAGUGUCACCUAUUUUGUAUUCAUUUUUUGAUGUGUAUUUUUUUUAAUCUUCUGUGGUGUUCUGGUGUGGUCAUGUGUUGCAGUGUUCCUUGUUUUAGUACAUGCCCUGGUGGGGAGGUGAAUAGUAGUAGACAUAUAUACUGGACACAAAGCAUAAGAUGCAUAUCUAGCACUUUGCUGCAACCCAAAUUUUGUAACUACCGACAGUCAGGAGUGAAUGAGUGACAUUGAUUUUAUCCAUUGAAACAGUGAUAAGUCACCAGCUGUGGAGAACUUCACAUCACCGGUAGCAAGUCAUGAUACCAGUGGUAGUGAAGGCUCAGAAGCUGCAUCAGGAGGAAUGACUGACGAAUUCAAGACACCUCCACAAGAGAAACAAGAAGCUGUGAACAACCCCCCACAGAAGGUAAGGAGAUCUGUAUUCAUUUGCAUAGUGAUAUCAGGGCCAUCCUGAUAGCAGAGAAAGACUGCAUAAAAUCGAGUAAGAGAUAAGAGAUGGAGUAAGAGUGUGUGGAGAUAGUUUUGAACACAGGCUUUUGGUUAUGACCAUCAGUUUAUCAAUAAAUAGAUGCUUACACCAAAAAAAAAAUUUUGAGAAGAGAGAACAACCAUAAGUUUGAGCUGUGGCAACCUCAAAGGUUUGACGUGAUUCAGGCAGAGUCUCCUUUACUCCUCCUCACUUGAUAAGACAAAAGAAGGCUCUGUUCAAAAGGUGUAUCGGGGCAUAUUCAUUGUGAACUACAAGUCCUCUGGGACUAGUUGCACAGAACCUUAAAUCAAGGCUCAUUUAAAUGGUUCUAACAUUUUCCCAUGAUUCUUCUUUCAAGAACUGUGUGAUGAAUGUGGAAGCAAAAUAAAUGUUAAAAUAAAUUAGAAUUUAAUGGACCUUCAUAAACUUCAUCAACAAUAGAUGGGGUUAGGUGUGGGUGCCCUAAAGGAUGGUAAUGCCAAGCAAGCACAUAAGAGAUAAACAUAACGUAUCCAUGGCAACUAGCAAGCUGCAACUACCACCAGCACUGUCCCACUGCAUGGCCAAAUAAAUCAAUGAAAAUAAAACAUAGUACAGAGGGAGCGAGGGGCAGGGCAGAAAUCAGCAAAAGGUGACCUCAGGGGUUAUAUGUUUCUGGUUCAACUUAAAUAAAUAUUACAUUUAGCCACAUGACAAUAUUGCUAGCUGUUUAUUACUAAUAACUUAUAUUGCACAAAUAUCAAUAAAAAAAGUCCAAUCUCCGGUGUAAAAAUAAGAUGAUUGAUUCUAUGAAUGACAUCUUGUUUUUCUGUUGACACCAGGCCAAACCAAACAAUAUUGCCCUUGUGCAUUCAUUUAUUAGAAGAAACACUCCAAAGAAAGUAGAUCCAGAGGUUUGUAGCUAUUCUUUUCUUGUUUACUUAAGACAGGCAUGGUGUACCAGAGGCAUGGCUUGAAAAAAGUCCUGUCCAGUAGUGUGGGACAAGUAGAUUUUCUUCCCGGGGAAGAAACUUUUAAAGCUUACUUACCCAAUGGGUAAGAGUCCUGGAGAGUCAUCCUCUAACAAAAUCAUGAACUUAGGGCGCUUUCACAUGUCAGAAGUGACCGGCCAGACCAUUCUUAUCGCAACAAUGAUUUCCCUUUUAAUCAAAACUAUCCAGCCAGAUCAUUCAAAUUCUAAAUAGUAUGCACGAAGGAGAUGGUUUUUCAGAAAAAAACUCUUGGAAAAACCCUUUUUCAUUUUCAAACUGACUGGUCGGGCAAUGGUCUGGCCAGCCAUUUCUGAUAAAUGGAAAGUGCCCUUAGAUGAGCAAGGGGUGGCCCCGAGCAAGGAAAAUGUUAGAGCUGCUUGCCCAAAGUACAAGCUGGAAUUCAAGAUUUUUUCAGCCCUGCAGGGGACCUAAAAAUUUAAUAUCGUUGCAAAGUCAGUGGUAGAGUCUUUGUAAGGUAGUUCUAACUUUUGAGGCUGUGGACAAAAUCAUCAUAUGCUGCGACCAUUCAAAUGAAACCUCUUUCAUAGUUUGGUAGUAUUUUCACCUAGUAGUACAGUGGAAUCCUAUUAAUACGGUCACCAAUGGGUCAAGUAAUACUAGAGGAGCUUUAAGGGAAUCAUUUGCAGUCAACUGCAAGAAAAAUUCAAUCUACAGGAUAUAAUAGGAAUUAUAAUACUUGGAUUUCUAGUAGUUAUAAAGUAGUUCUUGCGUUCUAGAAGACGUUCACCAAAAUACAGCAACAGACGGAUUGGUAAUUACAGCGUUCAUAACUGCAUUCAUCCCCCCAAAGAACUAAAAACUUGGCUGGAGCUCCCCCUCUUCUCAUUCUCUUUCCUGUGCGGUCAUGAUGGUUGCACAGACUACCCAGCCUGGAGCUCAACUUUUCAAAUGUUUUGAUUUGAAAUUUCCAAACAAUGCAUUUGAAAUUCAGAACUUCACCUUUCAACUGAAAGCUCAUCGUUCUUCCAUCGUUCUAUUUUGUAAUAUUUUUUUCCUCAGGAAAAACACAAGCAACUGCGUAUUGCAUUAAAAGAGAAGGAGGUGAAGGAAAAAGAGAGGCGGGAACAAAUUGAAAAGCAGAAACAACGUGAAAUUGAGGAGCGAAAGAGGUGAGCCGAGUUUGAAACAUUUAUUUAAUUUCUUUGGGUUCAUUUUUAUCGCCUGCGAGAUAAAAUCUUUUAGUAUUUACCAAAUCACUGAAUAGCAAUUUUCGCGCGUGUUGAUUGGCUCCCGUAACUCGGAAUAUCCUUGGCUAUUCACUGUUUUGCGACCGGAGCCAAAAUGGCGUCUCGUUUCGAGACAUUUUCGGAAGACGAAAUUUGUGCGAUAAAUGAAGCAGUCGUACAAACAGUGAAACAAAUACCAAGAAAGGGAAGAACUUUGGCUUCUCGGUGUUCACUGGUAGGUAGAAAAUUAUUUUCACGCUGAAUUUGCAACAAAAUCGUAAAAUGCCCCUGACAAAAUCCCCGAAAUGUUUGUAAAUUGUAAACAAAGUUCUUACUAACUGCCUUUUUUAAUUUACAAAAAGUUACUUUUUUUCAGUUUUAUCCAACUGAUUUGGUAAAUACUAAAACAACUGACCCCUCAGGGUCGGUGAACAGCGCUAGAUAUAUACCUCGACGCUUCGCGUCUUGAUAUAUUUCCACUACUAUUCACCUCCCCUACGGGAAAUAGUUGUAUACUAUUUUGACACUCUCAUUUACCGUAUGAAGAAAUUCCGCACUUCCCUGUACAUGUCAGGAUUGUGACUGGCCGGCAACUGGUAGAGAAGUGCAAAGCGCCAUGAUAUAAAACAGUUUCGUUCGAUGUGGAAACCAAAAUAAUCCUAAGAACUACUUACUGAGAACCGUGAAGCUGUUCACCGAAUUGCGUAAAAGAAAAAGAAAAAUAUGUUGAUGUCCAUAUCUUUGACACGGGCUAGAUUUGUUAGCAGACAGUCGAAACUUUUUUUUUCUCCUCUUUGUAACUUCAGGAGAAGAGAGGAGCGAGCUAAGAAAGCGGCAGAGCAAAGAGCUGCUAAGCUUCAAGCGCUUGAGGAGAAGAAACGGCAAGCUGAAGACCAGCGACACCUUAACGAGGAAAAAGCCAAGAAACUUAAGGAGAAAGAAGACGAGGAGAAAAAGAAACAAAGACUUCAGAAAAGAGCUGAGCUGGAAGCGAGAAGAAAGCAAGAGGAGGCUGCUAGACAACUGCGCAAGAGAGAACAGGAAGAGGAGGAAAAGCGCCAACGGGAAGCUAUCCAAAGGAAACAGGAGUUAGAAGAGCAGGAAAGGCAGAGGAAAAUUGCCGAGGCAAAGCGUCUCCAAGAACACCGAGAGAAAGAGUUAGAAAAGGAGAGAGAGCUGGACAAACAGCGGAAGCUAAGGGCGAUUGAAGAGAAGGAGAAACGGCUGCGAGAAAAGGAAGAGAAAGAGAGAAAAUCGCGGGAAGAAAAACUGAGAAUUGAGCGAGAGAGGGAAGAGAAGGAACGGGCACGAAUUGCACAACUUAUCCGGGAGAAGGAAGAGGCCGUAAGACGCGAGAGAGAACAGCGAGCCAAAGAAGAGAAAGAACGGCAGGAAAGAGAGAAAAGGCUCAGAGAAGAACGUGACGCGGCACUACGCGAAAAGAAGCGCCUGGAGGAAAGGGAGAGAGAAAGAUUACGUAUUCUCGAGGAACGAAAAUUAGCCGAAAACCAAUCAUCGUGCGACUCUUACGACAUGACGCCCCCUCCGGCAAGGGUAAAACGCCAGCCAUCAUCGCAAGAGAAUUACAACAUCGAAGACUUAAACAGCGACGAUUCCACUGACGAGGAAGAUAACCCGAGGAAAAAAAUCCCAGCUUGGGCGCGACCACCUGCUCUCACGGCCGCCAUCUUUAAGCAGGAAUACUCGAGCAUUGACGUGAACAGUAUAUUCGACAGCGUUCCUGCGCCGAACUUGGAGGAAAUUUUUACGAAGAAAAAGCAGCGAUACCUUCAUCGAACAAGUUCGGCGAUUUGGAAUUCACCGCCUCUACGGCCAGUGAAAAAAGGAACGUUAGUCUAG